GCUCUGCGAUUCAGUCGUUCUUGAAUCCUCUCUUUUUUUUGGGUUUUUUUGCUCGACGCAGAGAGAGAAGAGUGCAGAGGAGGAAUGGAGAGAAAAGGAGAGUUUGUUUCCGCUGUGCCCAGUUGUUAUUGCUGAUGAAAAACAUCCCCGGAGAUUGGGGUUUUGAUUGCUGCAUCUCUUAUGGCGAUCUGGAGUUUUCAGCAAAAGAAGAAGGGGGUUUUAUUUUCAGCAAAAGCAAACUUCCAGAUCCUUUUCAUGAAGUGAAGAGCAAACGUGAAAGAAGGAAAGAAGACAAAGCUUUGACAAUGCAAUUGUUGGCUGUGGCAUGUUUAUCCCUUGCAGCCAAAAUGGAGGAGAUUAAUGUCCUUGAUUUACAGGAAUUGACUGCUUGGAAUUUAAACCUUCAGAGUUUGCAGCAGCAGUGACCAUUUCUGUAACGGGAGGAAGCAUAGCAUUAGAUUACACUUAGAAUUCAAUCUCGCUUAUCAAUGGUGAUUUGGAUGAAGCAAGGAAAGAGCAAAAGUCAAAACUUUGAACAUCAAAGACAAGAUAAUGUUGACUGGCAAGAGACUCCAGUUGCAGGUUGGAGCUAUUGUUGGACUUGAUCAAUAUGUCAACUACUUCAAAAUUCAGCUGAGGAUACAACAGAGGAUUAAAAGCGCAGAGCUCAGGAUGUUAACCGAGGAGCAAGAAAAUGAACUUCUGAACUUUACACCAUUCAUUCCAUUGAUGUCUCCCUUGGGGAUGAUGAUUGAAUUUGCUAAGAACUCAGUUGAUUAUGUUACUGCCAGCGCCCAGCGGAAAGAAGCAUGUUAUUGUGUUUUCAAGCUUAAACUUUCAGGGGUGGCAGAGAAUUAAUGUACCUCCUUUGUGCUCUAUAGCUUUACAUGACUUCUUCUGUUAGUAAAUAUGCAAGCAUUCUUUUUUAAUAUAAGUCGAUACUUACUUGCAAAGAGUUGCAUUCUUUUGUAAUGUGUCAAAUGACAAAUU